CCCAGGCCUUAGAACUCUUACUUCUGCCCUGGCUUCCGCACUGAGGGAGGAGGCUUUUGAGACGUUCACCUACGCUCGCUUGCCCCGCCCUGAGCAAGAUGCGACCCACGGGCCUCGAGGGUCACCGGAUGCCCGGCCCAAUGCUUUCAGUGUUCCUGUUGGUGCUGCUCCUGUUAGGGCCUUCACAGCCUCUAGCAGGGACCCAAACCAGAUCUGGCAUCUUUGGAGCACCAAGUACUCCCAGAGUCCUCACCAAGCCCGACGGCACCUCCAGCACCCCAACCAGUGCCGGCAACUCCAAUUUUCCAGACCUGAGAGAUCGCGCGAGAGCCCUGAUGCAAGACUUCCCUCUUGUAGACGGUCACAACGACCUUCCUCUUGUCCUGAGGCAAUUUUACUGGAGUGGGCUAAAGGAUGCUGACGUGAGAAACUUCACCUAUGGCCAGACAAGCCUGAAUAGGCUGAGAAAUGGCUUUGUGGGAGCCCAGUUCUGGUCCGCUUACGUACCAUGCCAGACCCAGGACAGGGAUGCCUUGCGCCUCACACUGGAACAGAUUGACCUCAUUCACAGAAUGUGCGCCUCUUAUUCUGAGCUGGAGCUUGUGACCUCGGUUAAGGCUCUGAACAGCACCCAGAGACUGGCCUGCCUCAUUGGUGUGGAGGGCGGCCACUCAUUAGAUAACAGCCUCUCCGUGCUUCGAAGUUUCUACCAGCUGGGGGUGCGCUACCUGACGCUCACACACACCUGCAAUACACCCUGGGCAGAGAGCUCAUCUAAGGACGUCCACUCAUUCUACAGCAGAGUCAAAGGACUGACCAGCUUUGGCGAAAAAGUGGUGGCAGAAAUGAAUCGCUUGGGUAUGAUGGUUGAUUUGUCCCAUGUCUCGGAUGCUACUGCACGGCGGGCCUUGGAAGUGUCACAGGCACCUGUGAUCUUCUCCCACUCGGCUGCCAGGGGUGUGUGCAGAAAUGCUCGGAAUCUUCCUGAUGACAUCCUGAGGCUUCUGAAGAAGAACGGUGGCAUCGUCAUGGUGACAUUCUCUGUAGGGGUGUUGCAAUGCAACCCCUUAGCGAAUGUGUCCACUGUGGGAGAUCACUUUGACCACAUCAAAGCAGUGAUUGGAUCGGAGUUCAUAGGGAUUGGUGGAGAUUACGAUGGCGCCGCGCAGUUCCCUCAGGGCCUGGAGGACGUGUCUACAUACCCAGUGCUCAUAGAGGAGUUGCUGAGACGGGGCUGGACUGAACAGGAGCUGCAAGGUGUCCUUCGAGGAAACCUGCUACGCGUCUUCAGAGAGGUGGAACAGGUCCGGGAGCAAAGCAGAUGGCAAAGUCCUCUGGAGGACAUGAUUCCAGAGGAGCAGCUGGACAGUGCUUGUCACUCAGUCUUGCCACGUCGACAAGAGAAACAGCAAAAGGAAAAGAACCAAUCAGAGAUCCCAACACAUCAUACACUCAAGUUAUCACCCGAGGGGUUACACUCAAAAUCUCCCCACAUAGCCCCAAUCCUCACCAUUGUUACAGCCUUUCUAGGCCUCAUUGUAUGACUUUGUGAUCCACGCAGCUCUCCCAGUUAUCAUUCUGUACCCUCGAACCCCCUCCACUUGUGCAGGAGCA